UUGGCUUUAUCUUCUUCUUUUGAAAUUUUUUUAAGCGUACUGUAAUUGUGACAAAAAGCCCACACGCUUGAGUUUUGUUCAUAAGUGGCGGACGCUCUUUGAUAGAAAGAUUGUCUCUUAACUCCACGACAUCACACCAAGAGGAUAAAGAAAUUAUCUGAGAGAGGACCUGCAUCAUUCUGCAAGAUUAAAACAUGGAUUCAUCGACUGUGGACUAUGAUUAUAAUACAGAAGAUUACCCAGAUGAUGGGUUCUGUAACUUCAGCCCCGACCCUAUGGCGGUCAUCACCCAAACUUACAUCCACUCCAUCAUCUGUGCCUUCGGCCUGAUCGGCAACGCUCUUGUAAUCAUCACCUACAUAUUCUACAAGAGAACCAAGACGAUGACAGAUGUCUUUCUCUUCAACGUGGCUGUGGCAGACCUGAUCUUUGUGGUAGCUUUGCCGUUUAUCAUCUACAAUGAGCAACACAAUUGGUUACAGGGCCCCGUAGUUUGCAAGAUGCUGAGGUCAGUCUACAGUAUCAACCUCUACAGUGGCAUGCUACUGCUUGCGUGCAUCAGCGGUGAUCGUUAUGUGGCCAUAGUUCAAGCUAGAAGAUCCUUCGGAGCUCGCUCACACACUCUGAUCUACAGCUAUCUCAUCUGCUUAGUUGUUUGGGUGUUUGCAGUAUUUUUAACUCUGCCCACACUUAUUUACACUGAGAUCUCUGAAGACAUGAAUCUCGGGUCUUCAAAGCCUGUCACUAUGUGUCAGCUAACUUUCAACAAGACUGAAACAGCAAAGUUAAUGAAGGUGCUGGUUCCCAGUCUUCAAAUGGCCAUUGGCUUCCUGCUGCCUCUGUUGAUGAUGGUGUUCUGCUACUCCAGCAUCUUGUGCACGUUGCUGAGAGCACAGAGCAACAACCAAAGGCACAAGGCCAUCCGUGUAGUUUUGGCAGUAGUUGUGGUUUUCAUCAUGUGCCACCUUCCCUACAAUGCAGCUCUGCUUAACCACACUAUGUCUCUUUUUAAAGAGAGGAGUUGUGAGGCAGAACAGAUCAAGCUCAGAGUUCUAGCCAUCUCCAGGAGCAUCGCCUACCUCCACUGCUGUCUCAAUCCAAUUCUCUAUGCCUUCAUCGGGGUGAAGUUCAGGAGCCACUUCCGGCAAAUAAUGUUGGACCUAUGGUGCUUCAGCAAAAAGUACAUCUACAGUGUCCGCACGUCACGCGCAACAUCUGAUGUUUGUGUUUCAGUUCAUGUGUCUUCAGAGGUCUCCAACCACAUGUCGUCUUUCACUGCAUAACACGGCAGUGGUCCAAUGCCAAUGAUAGAGCAGCAUCUUUCUUACUUUGUCCUAGCUGUACAUAAGUUUCAGUGCAGAAACCUUCUGACAAACAUUAGCAAGUUAUCAUCAGUAUUAACAUAUUUUCCAUUUCCUGUGACUGCUUAUCCUGGAGUGGCUGGAGCCAAUCCCAGCUGACACUGGAAAGGCGUGGUAGACCCUGGACAAGGCACAAGUUCACAUAUUUUAUUUUUUCUUUAUGCUUUUUCACAUGGUGCUAGAGUUUUGUGGAGAGUCAUUCUCCAGCUAUAUAGAGAGCUAGAUGGGAUGCUGCUGGGCAGAGCUUUAAAAAAUAAAAAAUCAAAGCAGCAAAGGCUGAAAUAUCCUGACUCUAGGAUCCUACAUUAUACAAUAUGUCCUGCCUACCAAAACAUAUAUCUGUUUAGAGUACAACUUGUUACAUGCAGAGAUAAGCCCAAAAUAUAGAACUAAUGAAAUAUUUCUGCCUAAAUCUGAAGUUCCUCUUAAAAAGGCAAAAAAGAAGAAGUACACUUAAAAAAAAAAAAAAAAAAACCUAACCAAACUGUUUACAAGAAAUCACAGGCACCUGUACAGCACAUGUAUAAAAAUAACAAUACCAUCGCAAUAUUAAAAUGAAAAAUAAUAAUGAAUUUUGUUAAUUACAAAUCCUGAUUCUAACACAGCUGGGAAACAAAUCCUUGUUUAACCUCUAUUCCGCUGAAUUACGUAGAAAGACAACAUAUUUACUGUUCAAACAAAUAAACUUUAUUUUGUACGUGUAAUUUUGAUAUAUUCUGCUUUUAUUUACAUUUUACACAUCUUUUUUAGAAUCAGGGUUGUACUGUGAUUUUUCAUCCUAUAACCUGAAUAACUGCUGUGAGUUCUCAUCUGUACACUGUUAUUGAACUUAAGUUACAUUUCACAUAUUAUGAUUAAAGCGUAACAAUAUCUGCCGAUUGCUGAAAACUUAUGUUAAUAUCUUAAAUAUCUUCAAACAUUCUAAGUAGUUAGUUAUAACAUCAUGGCGUACAGCAUUGCAUUAUGACAUGAUAGACAUGAUACUGUUUGUACUUUCACAAUUCCAUCAGUUUGUUUUUGUUUUUUGCUAUUCUUGUACUUAUGUCACCAUAGCGACAAACUCUUUUUUUCUUUUAUUUCUAUGUGUAUGAUGUCAAGGGAAGUCUGCUAAAGUUACACUCAUUUCCACUUUGACAACAUACAUACCUUAUUUUGUUACACAUUAUAAAGCAUUUUGUAUAUCUGAUUGUAUUGUUCC